GCUGACUUGUAGGAGAGGGAGUUGUCUAGCACAGUAUUUGAUCUCUGACUUUUUCGUAAACUCACAUCUAAUGCGCAUAGCCUAUAGGUAAAUGUUACAGUGCUUUAGAUGAAUAUUACUGUAGGCACCCGUUGAUGUAUCAGCUUCAUCAACUCACUGUAAAUCGUCAUUGAAGAGGACGCACCCAUUCUCAACGAUUGCUCUCCAAGUGUGGAUCAAACGCGCUUCUCUCAAACGUUUCAGGCUCAAGCCCAGUUUGUGUUUGUUUAACUGACCAGCAGACGAAGUCUACCGUGAAUUUCUCCCCGCUAUAGCCGAAGCCUCCGCUGCCGGUGGUUGAAGAAGAUCAUGGAGACUACCCCUAUCCCCGUCGUUACCGUCCAGACAACACCUUUUGAUGACCAAAGACCAGGGACUAACGGGCUCAGGAAAAAGACGACAGUGUUUGAGAGCAAGAAAAAUUACUUGCAAAACUAUGUUCAAAGUGUCUUGUCAUCCAUCGACCUGCGGGACCGCCAGGGAUGUACAAUGGUUGUGGGCAGUGACGGGAGAUAUUUCAGCCGGACAGCCAUCGAAGUUAUCGUACAGAUGGCCGCAGCAAAUGGGAUUGGGAGGCUGGUUAUCGGACACAAUGGAAUCCUGUCCACCCCGGCCGUAUCCUGCAUCAUCAGGAAGAUAAAGGCCAUCGGAGGGAUCAUCCUCACCGCCAGUCGCAAUCCUGGGGGCCCCGCUGGAGACUUUGGGAUCAAAUUCAAUGUCGCCAACGGAGGUCCUGCUCCAGAUACAGUCAUUGAUAAGAUCCAUCAGGUCAGCCGUACUCUAGAGGAGUACGCCAUUUGUCCAGAUAUGCGCAUUGACCUGUCCAGACUGGGUCGCCAGGACUUUGACCUGGAGAACAAGUUCAAACCCUUCCGAGUUGAGAUUGUGGAUUCGGUGGACGUGUACCUCAACUUGCUGCGGGGGAUAUUUGACUUCAGCGCUAUCAAAGGCCUUCUGACCGGACCGGACCAACUGAAGAUCAAGGUGGAUGCCAUGAAUGGAGUGAUGGGCCCGUACGUCAGGAAGAUCCUGUGUGAUGAGCUGGGUGCUCCAGCCAACUCUGCGGUGAACUGUGUCCCUCUGGAGGACUUCGGAGGCCAGUACCCUGACCCCAACCUGACCUACGCCACCGCGCUGGCCGAUGCCAUGAAGGGAGGAGAGUUCGGCUUCGGAGCUGCCUUCGAUGCAGAUGGGGAUCGCUGCAUGAUUCUGGGUCAAAAUGGUUUCUUCUUGAACCCGUCGGACUCUCUGGCUGUGGUGGCCGCCAACCUUUCCUGCAUCCCCUACUUCCGCCAGUCGGGCGUCCGGGGCUUUGCCCGCAGCAUGCCCACCAGCACCGCCAUCGACAGGGUUGCCAAGGCGAUGAAGGUGGCCCUGUAUGAGACUCCUGCUGGGUGGAGGUUCUUCGGGAACCUGAUGGACUCUGGGCGGUGUUCCUUCUGCGGGGAGGAGAGCUUCGGAACAGGCUCCGAUCACAUCCGAGAGAAGGACGGCCUGUGGACGGUGCUGGUGUGGUUGUCCAUCAUGGCCGCUCGCAAGCAGGGCGUGGAGGAGAUCGUCAGGGACCACUGGGCCAAAUUUGGACGCAACUUCUUCUGCCGGUUUGAUUAUGAAGCCAUCGACCCCAGAGCUGCAUUCUACCUGAUGAAGGACCUAGAAGCUGUCAUCACAGACAAAGCAUUCUGCAGUCAGAAGUUUGCAGUUGGAAACAACGUCUACACUGUGGAGAAGGCCGACAACUUUGAGUACAUCGACCCUGUUGAUGGGACUGUGGCUAGGAACCAGGGUUUGAAGAUCAACUUCUCGGACUCGUCCAGAAUCAUCUUCCGCCUCAGUGGGACGGGCGUGGGUGUGGGGGCCACCAUCCGCAUCUACGCCGAGAGCUUCGAGAGGGACCCAGAGAGACACAACAGGGAACCCCAGGUGGUGCUGGGACCCCUCAUCGCCAUCGCCCUGAAGAUCUCCGACAUCCACGAGCGGACCGGACGCCGGGGUCCCACUGUCAUCACCUGAAUCUCUACCCUGCCCAGCCGUCCACGCCAGUCCCAGACGCCCCCCUCCCCUCCCCUCCCCGCCCCUCCCCGGCCGACCUCCUCUAUUCCUCGCACUGGACUAUCACUCCUCACCAGGGGCCAAAGCCACGAGUCAGACUCCCUCGGGAGCCCCCCCGUCUGUCUCCGCCUCCUCCGUCUCCGUCUCCAUGCCCUGUCCUCCUCCCGCCUCCUCCUCCUCCUCCUCCUCCUCCGACAGCCUGCUGUCCAUGCAGUAGACUUUUCCAUCUCUUCCAUCGUCACAAGCAACACAGAGAGAGACACCGGCGUCCACUAUGCUGUCGCUUCCACCCUGACACCCUUUCUAACCUCUUCCACAGGCUGCCAUUUUUUGGACACAAAUAUAAACUUUUGGCUAGUGUGCACGUUUCACCAUCUGCCUUUAGACCUUUGCACUGAUACAACACUUUUUUUUUUAAGAACUGUACCUGAGGGUGAUGCAGUCUAUCCACAGAGCAAUUGUUUUCAAACAGAUUUCAAUAUACAUUCAUGUCUGUAGCUGAGUAUUAGAAGGUUAUGCACAGUUGAAAUCAUUUGAUCAAAUCAAACAAAAACAAUUUGUCAAACCACUGAUAUGUAAUAUCUCCUACUUUUUGUAAUGCUGAAACACUGUGUGAAAAGAGCAAAAUGAUAUGAUAUACAGCUCCUAGUUAUAUAAAUAUUUGUUUGGUUGUUGGCAGAUAAAAAUAUUACAGUAUGUUUGUCAUCAUUGCGAACCAAUUUUUUUUCCAUUGAAAUGCAUUUGUUUCUUCUCUGAAGCCUGUUGCGUCUGUGGUGCUAUAUGUAUUAGUAUCAGCUCCUGCACUUCCCGAUUACCAACAGAUUACCAUGUUGAACCAACAAGUGGUGAACACAUUAAAAACCUGAGGAAUAACAGUGAAGAUUAUUCAAUAAGUGUAGAGCUUUAUGUUUUUUUCUUUUUUCUUAUUGUUAUUAUUUAUAUAUUUUAAGACGGCCCCUAAAUUUGCAGUUCCGGCCCACAGUGGGGCUAGUGAGAGGUGAAUGGACUUUAUUCUGGUGUGUUCCGUGUUGUACGUUCCACGGGUGAGAAGUGUACCGUGUACCAGGACCAUUUGCAGCUUCUUCGGUCCCAUUGUGAGUUUUCAACGAACUGUUGCUUUCUUUCCAAUCUACCUCCUAUUUAGAGGGUGAUAGAGACAUAACUAACUUGAUAUGCGUAGCAGUUAUAUCCAGAUCCACUUUCAAUCCAACAUUUGUAUGUGAGCUCAGCCACAUCACACUUCUCAACCAGAAUCUCUCAGCAUACUGGCAUAGUUUUGCUCAUACAGUGUGUACACAAGAAAGGCUUGACUGACAUUACAGAGUGAAACACAUUCUUUUCCUCUCCUCUUCUUUGUUCAGAGAAAUCUGUAUUUUUCAGUAACUGUUGCUUGUGUGAGAUGCUCUAAACCACAUGCCACAAUGAUGAGGUGUACCCUGUGGAUCAUGAUAGACAUAGCCUCUUGAUUUCUCCAGUGAACUGAAUCAGACAAAAUGUCUCUGCAUUUUAUUUCCUCUCUUAUCAAGGAUUUCUUUUCUUUUUUUUUUCUUUUUUUAAAUCACCACUUUUCGUAAAGUUUUGUCCAGACUGUAAGCGGCACAGUGAGCACAAGAACAAACUUCCUUUCUGAAAAAUUAUGACAUUUGUUUCUCAUGUUUGUGAACAACAAAUCCAGCUUGUCCUUGUUACAUCAGAUAUGUUUAUUAAGACUGCAAUUCUCUUUUUUUUAAAAAUCAAAUAGCAGACCACUGCAUUAUUACACCCAUAUCAUUGUGAGAUCUGUUGGCUGACUUUCAGUGCACUGGUGGGACCUGUGACCUGUGCUCUUUUUGUAUUUCCAUACCACUACAUGAAAUGUGAACUGCUUCCCUGUCCUCUGCUCGAGGGGAAUCACUUGCACCCCUGUGGCUGUAAUAUAUGAAGGGAAGGAGGUGAAAAGUGAAGUGAGAAACAGGAGAAGCGAGCACGCUGUCCUCAGCACUAUUUAAUUGUUUCAAGGCAAUGCUGAAAUAAAACCUUUUGUGUGUCUCGGAA